CAGCGGGAAGUCUUGCUCUGAUCUCGAGUAGCGUUGCUGAUGAUCCACUGCUGCUACAGUUCUACUACUAUUACAUGGCUGGGGGCCACUCCACUUGCUUCGCACGACCCUUGUCAUCCAUCCUCUUUCCUCCAUUCAUUGACCUUGACUUACUCCAGACGAUGGAGGGCUACAGCGAGCGCCACAAGGUGCCCACCGUUCAGGAGUUUCGCGAGAUUGAGGCUCAGCGAGAGAAGACGGCAGCAGCCAAUGCUUCGCAAGUACCACAAAAUGCGCUAGACGAAGCGUCUCCCUACGGAAACAAGGCAGAUGGCAAGGGGAGCCAGGCUGCCGGUGAUGCGCCAAAGGACGACGAGCCAAAGAGCUCAGGCGGAGGAGCCGAAGAAAAGGAAAGGCUGAAGGCUCAGAUGGCUCCCAAGGGCAAGCCAGCUCAGUUCACUGGCAAGGGCGAGCGGUAUGUGACUGAUCCUGUCACGGGAGGCGAGGUCAAGAUUGCCGACUCGACCGAGCACGCCCAAACGGAUCCGCUCAAGCUCGAUUCGCGCUUCGAAGGCGGUUACAGCCACAAUGCGCCCAAAGAUGCUUCCAAACUGGACUCGAAGCACGUCGCACCCAAGCCUGUCGAGCCCGGCAACAUUCUGCUGCAGCAGUUCCCCGCGCCCGUCAACACGGAUGCGCUCGACAAGCUCCACGGCAACUUCAGGCAGCUUGCGAUUGCGCUUGGCGCUGCAAUGGCCAUUGCUUGGUUCUUCACCGCCUUUGGAUCGGGCUGGUUCAAAUUCUUCUUUCGCUCCGCCAUCUUUGGCACCGUCGGAUUCGGCGGCUUCAUGGCGCUGGGCCUGGCUGAACGCAAGAUCGAAAAGGACCUCGAAGACGUCCGCAUGCACAUGCACACCCAGCGAGGCGAGAAACACUCGCCUCCAAUGCCCGAGUCGGUCGAAUGGCUCAACGCAGCCAUUGCCGUCAUCUGGAAGCAGAUCAACCCGGAGAUGUUUAUCCCCAUGGUUGAUCAGGUCGAAGACAUCAUGCAGCAGUCGCUUCCUGGUAUUGUCGACGCUGUCAAAAUCUCCGAUGUCGGUCACGGCACCAAUCCCUUCCGCUUCGUCUCCUUCCGAGGCCUGGCAGAUGUCAUGGGCGACAAGAACUAUCCUCGUGAGGACUGGGUCGUUCAGGGCAAAGCUGUCGAAGACGAGAGGGAGAAAUCCGAGGAGGAGAAGAAGUGGCGCGAGCAGCAGCGGCAGGAAAAGGAAAAGGCCAACAAAGCAGCAGCUGAAGCAAGUGGUGUCUCGGGCGAAGACGCCGAUGGCGAUGGUAUCGACGACGACGACGAGUCCGGAGACUUUCUCUGCUACGAAAUCUCGUUUUCCUACAGCGCUGAGCCGAAAAAGAAGAGCAAGAAUGACUUCAUCCACCUGCUUCUCACCUUCUACAUCGGCAACGACCUCGUUCGCGCUCCCUUCAACGUCUGGGCACAAGUGCAGAAGAUUUCGGGAACCAUCAGACUCAGGGCACAGAUGGUUCAGCAACCUCCUUAUAUCAGAAAUCUCACCUUCUCGCUGAUGGGAGUGCCGCAGAUCGAGGUCUCAGUCAUACCCAUGACAAAGCUUCUCCCAAAUGUGCUGGACCUGCCCCUCAUUUCCGGCUUCGUCAAGAGCUCCAUUGCGGCGGCAGCCAACGAGUACGUGGCGCCCAAGAGCAUGACGCUCAACAUGGCUCAGAUGUUGGCGGGCGAUGGCAUCAAGAAGGACACCGAUGCGGUCGGUGUCCUCGUCAUUCAGAUCCUUCGCGGCGUCGACCUUUCAGCUCAGGAUGCCAACGGCAGUAGCGACCCGUAUGUCGUUCUUUCCCUGGCCAAGUUCGGGCGUCCUCUCUAUUCGUCUCGCAUCAUCUUUGAAGACUUGAACCCGGUGUGGAACGAAACCGCACACAUCCUGAUCGGCAAAGACGACAUUCGAGCCGACGAGACGCUCUCUAUCCAGCUCUGGGACUCGGACAAGCGCACGGCCGACGAUAUUGUGGGACGCGUGCAGCGAGACCUUUCGCAGCUUGUCAAGGGCGAGUGUCUCAACAAGCUCGUCGAUCAGGAAGACAGUCUCAUGGGCUUCGAGGAUGCCGACAGCAUGCAGGGCAAGCUCAUCUGGCGUGUUGGCUUCUUUGAGAAGGCAAAACUCAACCGCGAGCUGAUGAAGAAGUCUGAGGAGGAAGAAAAGAAUGACACGUCAAAGUCUCAGCCCCAGAAGGACUCCAACAACCCCAACGAGCGACAGGGGACUGCCGUCGACAGCAGCGAAGAGGCUGAUGCCCUCGUCUGCCCUCCCGAUCCCAAGUGGCCUUCUGGCAUCCUCUCCAUCUUUGUCGAUCACAUCGUGGGUCUCGAGCGUCGCGACGUCGAGAAGGGCGUCAUGGGCAAGGAGCGCGAGGGCACCCAGGGCCAGGACGUCAGCGCCUCGGGCGAGACGCCCGAGCAUCUUCCAUCGGGCUAUGUCGAGAUGAUCGUCAACGAUGACAUCGUUUACAAGACCCGAGUCAAGCCAUACACGAACAUGCCCUACUUCUCGGCAGGAACCGAGGUCUUUGUGAGAGACUGGACCAAGACAGUCAUCAGAAUCGCUGUCCGUGAUAGCCGCAUGAGGGAGCACGACCCCAUCAUGGGCGUGGUGUCGCUCAAGGCCACCGACCUGUUCAAGCAAGCAUCUCAGGCAGAGGGCUCCUUUGCUAUUCAGGAUGGUGUCGGGUACGGCAAGGUCCAGGCUUCCUUUGUCUUCAAGGCUGUCAAGUUGGAGCACCCCAAGAAUCUUCUCGGCUGGGACACGGCCACGGUGGAGCUCCUCGACAAUGUCGACCUUCAGGGAUCGACUCCAGAGUGGGACGCGAAACUCAAGAGCAAAAAGAUCGUCGUCACGACGGGCGAUGACACGCGCAAGCUGCCUGCCGUGAACAAGGCUGCUGCCGUCGAGGGAGGCGAGGAGGACAAGCCGGUGGCCAGGAUUCCCGUCUAUGACCGAUACUCUUCCCAGCUUGCCUUUACCAUCGGAGGUGGACUCGGCGCCGGUCCUCUCGGCAGCAAGCCUGACGCUGUCGCUGUCUGCUCGCUGUCCGAGAUCAUCGACGAUGAGAUUGUGGACCUCGAGCUGGAUGUGUACACCGGCGACAAGCUCGGCACCUUGACGAGAAACCACAUCGACGAGUCCACGCUGCAGACGCACAAGUACGAAAAGGUUGGGACGUUGAAGGUCAAGAUGCGACUCGACUCAGGCCUGGACCUGGACCAUGAGAAGCUGGCUAUUCUAGAAACAGACCGCCAUGAGUUUGAAGUAUUUAAUAGGCUCGAAGGAAUGCCCAAGAAGGCAGAGGAGAACGCUCAUGCCAACGACGACGGCAUCAUCGACAAGCACGAGCAGAAGGAGAUUAACCGUGCGAAGACGCAGGCGCUCCACGCUCGUCACCGUGGCGCCUACGGCUAUUCUGCCGUGCGUGGCGGCGUCUGGGCGAAGGACAAUAUGAAGAGUCGGGUCCGGACCCUGUCGAACAAGAUCACUGGGAAGAAGGAGCGCGAUCAGACGGUCAAUAGCGAGGCAUGAUGUUUUGUCGUGAUCUCCUGCGCACAGUGAUUUCCUACGCGCAUUUAGAGAAAGAGACGGUAGCCACUCUCUUUUUCUAUCCCUGUUGCAUUUUCCAAUCAUCGAAGCCCUUGUUCUGCAAACCCCCGCGUUCUGUUGAAAUUCUGUAGAUAUUCUGUCCAGCCCUAUUGUAACUGAAGGUCGUCUAUUCGAUUGUGC